GUGUUUUGGUUGAAAGUUUAGACACCGAAGGCAAUUGGCUGCUAGCUGUUAUGAUACAACGUACAUUCAGUUCGCACUGCGUCAUUACCAGUAAUAUCUGUAGAUUGAGAGAGCACGGGUUUAUCGUAGCAUAUUGUUGUAUGUUGUAGGGUGAUUGAAUUUUAUUGUUGGAAAAAUGUCGAGCUUCGAGGAGUGCAAACUCAAGGCUGGCCAUCCACCAGCAGUGAAGGCUGGAGGAAUGAGAAUAACCCAACACAAGACACCUAAGGAGGACCGUGAGAUAAAGCUGAGCAAGGACAGCGAGGACAGCAAGCCAUUGGGGAGUCCUCCAAAAACUGUGAUGAUCAGUGGAGCGCCUUCCAGAGGUAACGCUGAUUUCCCCCCAGAGGCUGUGCAACAUUUUCACGAAAAACCAGUGCCAACUCACGACGAUCGUCCCAUGCAUACUUCAAGACCCAUCCACAUCCAACAGCCAAGAAAGUAAAGAGUUUUACAGAUCCACGAUUGUCAGAGGUUUUGUCGAUUUUAUAUAGCAUUUCUUUUUUAUAUAAAAUCAACAUGAUAAUAAAUCUUGGGAGUCUGAGAGUUAAAUGGAGGAAAAUGCAUCGACAAACUCGUAUAAAAUUGACGGUUCAGUAGACUGGAUCAUCGAGCCCAUGUUAUCAUUGGUGAUAGCGUAUACUUGAGGUGCAGAGAGAAUGUGCAAUGUCAUUCUCAUAUGUUAUUUUACGUUAGUGUCAUACUUAUUUCCACUCAUAGUGGGUAACUUCCAAUUAUUAUUUUUUUCCUGAUGCGACUCGGGACCACAAAGCAUUUUUUUCCUUUAUUAUUCCACAGAACAUAGAUAUCACUUGAUUGCAGGUAGAACCAGUGAGUUUCAAUGUUGGAAAGUGAAAGAAGUUUAUUUUGGUAAUGGAAUUAUUCUAUAAGAUAUUGUGAGAAAAAUUUCAAUAAAUAUGUAUAAAAGUA